CUUUACGCUCCGGCCUUCACCGGCGACGACCCGAAGAAUACGGCGAAAGUCAGUCAAGUCUCCAUCGCCUUCCCCUAAUUCAUUAAAUACCACCAAUCCUCCCUUUCGAACUCUGCACCACAAUCGCAAUCCCGCCUAACUCACUCAGUCUCUUCAUCUCUCCAAUCCCUCACCAGCCCCAAUCCAUGGCCGCCAAAGCGUCUCUCCUCUUACUACUCCUCUCCCUCUCCCUCGCCAUUUCGCUCGCCAAACCCGACGGCCGCCGAUUCUCCCGAACUCUGCGCCCGGAGAAACUGGGGAAGGAGAGAUUGAGCCACUUCCGGUUCUACUUCCACGACAUCGUCAGCGGCCGCAACCCCACCGCCGUCCGCGUGGCCCAGGCCGCCACCACCAACGUCUCCCGCACGGCGUUCGGGAUGGUGAUGAUGAUGGACAACCCGCUGACCGUGGGCCCCCGAUUGAGCUCCAAGCUCGUGGGCCGGGCCCAGGGGAUCUAUGCCUCGGCCUCCCAGACCGAGCUCAGCUUCCUCAUGGUGCUCAACUUCGCAUUUACGGAAGGCAAGUACAACGGCAGCAACCUCAGCGUGUUGGGACGGAACAGCAUCUUCUCCGGCGUCAGGGAGAUGCCGGUCGUCGGCGGCAGCGGGCUGUUCCGAUUCGCCCGUGGCUAUGCUCGGGCGACGACUCAUGAAGUUAAUUUCAAUACUGGCGAUGCGGUGGUGAAGUACAAUGUCUACGUCUUCCAUUACUAGAGUGGGUCUCCUCUCCAGCAUCCACUGAAGUCGUUUUCCUUCUUUCAUCAAAUUUUGUUUCCGUUUGUGUUAAUUAAUUUUGUCGUUGGCCUUUUUCCUCGUCCGGUUUAUUCGCGAGAGUGACAAAUGGGGACUGUUCACUGCCCGGAGAAAUAGGGGUUAUAUUUUCUGAAUGGUUGCUUAGUUAUGCACCGAUUGAUGAUUUGGCUCAUAAUUUGUCUAUUGACAGAACAGUCCCCGGAAUUUGUAGGUGACUAAGGAAACGGCCAACGCCUUCUGACUAAUUUGAGUCCAUUGUGUGUUUAAUUCAGAUAAACCAACUUGUUAGCUUAGUUUUGAAUAGUUCAGCCGCGUGAUAUCCUCCCUCUCAUCUUCCUCUUUCACUUUUUCGAAUUUGUGCCAAUAACACCGAAGGCUAAAAAGAAUAAACAAAACUUUGACUA